CGGGGAAAAAGGGCUCCCCGAGAAAGAAGAAAAAGGAGAAAGGAGAAAGGGGAAAAAUUUCACGUGCUCGGGAUCCGUGCAACUCACAAAGCCGACUCAACUAAGUUUGGCAACGCCGGUGCCUCAGUUAGUGUUCAAUAGAGCGAGAGCACUAUCGCAAGAACUAUUGGGAGCUGGAUACUUGGGGUAUAGUGUGAGGCUGUGUCCUUUAGGGAAAAGAUGGCUGUGUUUUCCUCUCAUCCCUAUAGGAUUUGGGGUGUGAUAGUUUGGCUCUGUUAAGAGGAUUCAAGGAUUUUGCAUCGAUAUCAAGUCUAUCUGGUAACCGCAAAAAGAAUGCCUAGGGAGUUAGAUCGAUUUCGUGAGUAUGUGGAAUAUGUGCAGAACAACAAGUGGAAGUGCCAGUUUUGCGGCAACAAGUAUGGCGGAAGUGCUACAAGGAUCCGGGCGCAUCUCGCUGGAAUUCCGCGUUAUGGUAUUAAAGGUUGUGAGAAAGUUGAUCAUCAUGUGAGAUCAGAAGCCUUGCAGAAAAUUGAAGGUAAAGGUAGUGCGUUGGAUAUAAGCACGAGAGGCGCAUCGGGUGAAGGAACGGAAAGAAUAGUUUUUGGCGCAAGUCAAAUUGUAUUCCAAAGUGACGAUGCGUCGAAUCCCAAUGACACGCAGAACUCUAAUCAACCCCGGUGCGCGCCACAGCAACCAUCUUGCCAUAGGUCCACUGGAAUUGGUAGUGCUUCAGCAUGCCCUCAGGAUCAAGUGUCCUUGCUGAUUGGUGAUAUGCCUCUGGAUAAUCUAGAUACCUCCCAGCAACCUGAUCUAUCGAACCAUAGGUUGGAUGCAGCACAUGGAAAUGAAAUUGCUUCAUCUCUCCAGCAACUUCCGAUGGACUCGUCGGCUUCACCUUCUCUUGAUUUUACUGAGUUAGCAGCGCUUCUUGAGCAACCAACUCAUCUUGAAUCCGAAAGGGAACAACAAGGUUCAAGAGGGCUAUCAUCAUUCCCAAAUGAUCAAGUCCUUGGCAACAGUAUGUCAAACGAGCUGCAGGAGUUCAUUGGAGAUGGAAUCACUCCAGAUUCACUGCUACAUUCAACAAAUUGGUCAAAUAAUCACCACUCUCUGCUGGAGAAUCUUCCUGAAUCUCGUGAUGAAAUUGUAAACACUUCCGAGGAAAUACAAAUGAAUGAACAGCAUAAUCCGACAGUGGUAUCAUCAUUACAAAUUGAUUCAUCCCUUGAUGUGGACGGUGCAAAUCGUUGGCAGGAUUGUGGUCAACCGUGUGUAGUGGAAGUGGAUCCUGUCCAACAUCCUAGUCAACUUCCCCCAAGGUGUGACAAGGAAGAUGGGAAUGAUAUCCGUCAGUUUCCUUCGCGAACUCCAACGGACAUAGAUCCCUCGAUUGCAUCACAACAUUCAAGUGUCCUUGAUUUGCUAGUUCCAGCAGCGUCAACAAAUGCAAUAGGCCCAUCAUCAUCACACGAUUCGAUGCGCCCUCAACAUCAAAUUGUUCCACAUCGAUCCAAUAAUCCCAAGACAACGCAUCGGAAUCCAACCUUGCCAUCAUCAUCAUCAUCAUCAUGGAAAAACCAUUUAGUCACAUGUCACCCACAAACUCCACUGGACAUGGAUCCGUGUAUGCCACCAUCAUCACAAGCUCCAAAUAAUGCUCCUCCACCUCCUCUUAUUCUACCUUGUGGAACAGGCUUGAUAGGCCCAUCGAUAUUACCAGAACUAGAUACGAACGAGGGGGCGUCUAUGAUGAGUCAUCCAAACAUAGGCAACAACUUUGAAGAGAAUGGAGAUUUGAAAAGAAAAUUGGAACUACUCUAUAGAAAAGAAGCUAGCAUAAGGGAUGAGUUAGAAUUUGCUGCAUCUCUAUCCUUUAAGAAGCCGAGAAUGGAAGUUGCGAAUUGGUUGGCGAAUGUGGAGAAGCUUAGAAAUGAUUGUCCUAAAGCAGCAAGUGAGGAUUGUUUGCCAGCACAUCAACAGGUAUAUAUACUGAUGCAUGAAGCAGAAGACCUUAUGAGACAAGACAAAGGACUAUUUGAGGCGAUAGAGACCAAAGUCAAUAAAUUGUUAGAAGAAAAGAUGGUGGGGGAGGCAUUUCGGAGAAAUACUACAAAGAUUUUGGACUUCCUAGUAGGGAAUCAAAUAUCCCGACUAGGCAUUUAUGGAAUGGGAGGUGUUGGUAAAACGACUAUUAUGGUGCACAUACAUAACAAACUCCUUGAAGAAGCAACCUAUGGCAACAUGUUAUGGAUCACUGUGUCACAGGAUUUCAACACACAAAAGUUGCAGGACGCCAUUGCAAAGGAACUAGAUUUGGGCACACUACAAGAAAAGGAUGUGAGAAGACGAGCAGCAAUGUUGUGCGAUUGUUUAACAAAAAGAGGCAAAUCUAUAGUGAUCCUUGAUGAUGUGUGGGAAUGCUUUGAUCUUAAAGAAGUGGGAAUCACAGAUGGAAUUAAGUUGGUCUUAACCACUCGAUCCUUCGAGGUAUGCUGCCAGAUGCAAUGUCAAGAAAUGAUAAAAAUAGAACCUCUAUCUCAUGUAGAAGCUGAGAGUUUAUUUUUGGAGGAGCUUGGAUCAAAAGUGGCCCAUGAUUUGGAAACUAGAAUAGCUAUAAAGUCCAUUGUUCAAGAAUGUGCGGGAUUGCCACUUGCAAUCAUCACAAUGGCAAGAAGCAUGCGAGGAGUUACCGAUGUGUAUGAAUGGAAUGAUUGCUUGGAGAAAUUGAGAGAAUCAGAUAUGGGGCAAACAGAUAUGGAAAAUGGGGUCUUAAAGAAACUAGAAUUCAGUUAUAAUCGCCUUCGUAAUCAUGAAGUCCAACGGUGUUUCCUAUCUUGUGCACUUUAUCCAGAAGAUAAACAAAUUGAUAAGUUCGAGUUGAUAGAAUUCUUUAUUGACCAAGGAUUGAUUGUUCGUUUGAAUACAAGGGAGAAACAAUAUGUUAGAGGCCUCACCAUAUUGAAAAAACUGGCAAAUGUUUGCCUAUUGGAAGUUCAUGAGAGCACAAUGAAGAUGCACGAUUUGAUUAGAGAUAUGGCAUUGCACAUCAUGAGUGUGACUUCGAUUGUAAAAGCAGGAAAGGGGUUACGGAGGAUACCAUCUGAAGAAUAUUGGACAGAUGCUUUGGAGAAAGUUUCUUUGAUGGAGAAUUAUAUUGAAGAAUUUCCCUUGAACAUGUCCCCUAAUUGUCCUAAACUAUCAACUUUUCUAUUGAAUAAAAACUCGUCCUAUGAGUUGGUCAUCCCCGACUCUUUCUUCAAACAAUUAUGGGGGCUAAAGGUUCUAAACCUGAGUGGAUGUUACCUCAAAGAACUUCCAGAUUCCAUUUCAGACUUGGUAAACUUGAGAGCAUUGUUACUUAGAAAAUGUGAGAAAUUGCGCCGUAUCCCUCAUUUAGGGAAGCUCAGAUCUUUGAGAAAGUUGGACAUUUUUGGCUGUGCUAGGGUUGAAGCGCUUGAGGGUCUGGAAAUGCUAGUGAAUUUGAGAUACCUUGACCUUUCUCAUACAUGCAUAGGUAGAUUACCCAAAGGAACACUGGGGGCUUUGCAAAACUUGCAAUAUCUUAAAGUUGAGGUAGCAAAUGGAGAAGACAUUACAAACUUGUGGGCAUUGGAGACACUUGUAUACUGCUUUGAAGAUGUGGAUGAUUUCAACAAGUUUGUGAGGGUAGCUUUUGAGAAGAGAAAUAACCUUCACUAUUACAAUCUCAAAGUGGGUCAAGAAGAAUUGAAGGAUUAUAUGAAAGUAAGUGAUGACGCUCAAUUUGGGAAUUGUGAGAGGGGUGUCCACAUUGAGAGGAGGAGUCAUGCUAUUGUGAGCGUGGAAGGGGAUGGCAGUGGCAAUGGCGUUUGUAUUUUGAUUCCCCAAGAUGUGCAAGUAUUGAGAGCAACCAACUGUGACGGUACAACAAAUUUGUCUGACGUGGGUCUAUUUGAAAACCUUGAGAAGCUAAAAAUAGUCAAAUGGAAAAACUUGUGUGUACUGAGUGGAGGACAAGAUGAAAAAAUAAUCGACAUCCAUGAAUCCCUUGGCCCAAACCCUACCCUUCCCCUCUUCCCAAGCCUUAGGGUUUUGACAAUAAAAAAAUGUCCGAAACUGAAGUAUCUCUUUGGGCAUGGGCCUAAAUUCUACCUUCCGCACUUACGAGAGAUAGUAAUAAGGGAAUGUGAGGAAAUGGUGGGGCUAACAGUAGCAGUUACAUCACUACCUCCACAUCAGCCCCCCGCCUUCCCUAGUCUAGAAAAUAUUAUUGUUUGUGAGUGUGAUAAAAUGAAGAGAGUGGUGGAAUCUGAGUGGCUGCCCCAUUUCUCUAACUUGAGAAAUAUCUUAGUAUACCAUUGUGAGAACAUGGAGGAGAUAAUAGGAGAUCCUCCCCCAUACAUGUCAAUUGAAGAGAUUUCUUUGGAAAGGCUUAUGGUAGACAAUUGCCAUAACAUGAGAAAGCUAUUUUCGCAUGAGUGGCUGCUCCAUCUCCGAAAUCUUCAAAGUAUACGUGCCAUAGGUUGUAAAGGAAUGGUGGAGAUGAUAAGUAGAGCGGGACAAGACCAAGAAGGAAGCACAAUGACUCCUGCAAACAACAUUCCUUCAUCCUCCCAAUCUUCAUUUUCUCUCUCAAAGCUGGAUUCCUUGUGCCUAUGCGAUCUACCUCAGCUAAAGAGCAUAUGUGAAGUCCCAAUAACUUGCGAUUCCAUGGAACAUUUGACGGUGAUAAGAUGCCUAGAGUUGAACAGGAUUCCUUUGCAAUUGCGAUUCCGUGAUAUUGAGGACCUUCCGCUUAUUGUGGUGGAAAGUGAGGAAAAGUGGAAGUCGCUGAUAUGGGAUCAUCCCAAUGCUCAGGAUCUUCUUCAAUCUCAUCUCCAUUUCCGCAUGGGUAAUUAUAUUCUAGAAGGCCGGCGCAAUUCUCAGUACUACAGUCGUGUAGCUCUAACACUGGCUUUGGGAGAAUCUUCUGCCAAGAAGAAGUGAAUCCCCCGAUGCUGCUUUCGAAGAAGUCCUACUAAAAGACAUUCAGCUGCUAUUUUAAUUACAUGCUUUUCUGCAAACUUUCAAGUUGCCAUAAGAAUUACUUUUCUUCAUAUGCCGUACCGGCGGAGGUCUUUCACAAGACAGCCGAACUUGGAGAUGUUGGGCGGGCAGGGCUGGACCUGGACCUGGGUAAAGGAGCGUCGGAAGUAGGCGCUGAAGGAGCACGCCUAAUGCUGCCUUCUGGGAGGAAAUCUUGGGCAGCUCACGACGGCCCUGAAGGAGCCCAAAUUAAAGGGUCGAAGUUUGCUUUGCCCCCUCACACGGCAUCGCAAGCUAACAACUCCGAUUCAUAAUUCCAUAGAUUGGAUAGGCAUUUUGUGUUAUUCAAUAUAUUCAUGUAUAUUUUAGCUCCCUGAGCAAGCUUCAGUUAUUGAAACCUCAAUUUUUGUGAUUAGAUU